AUGUUGGUCAACCUGAGAUGUCUGCAGCUUUUCUGCCGCCUUCUUCUGGGCACAAGCUUUUCCACCUACACCCUGAAGACCAUCGUCAUGCACCUCCUGAACAGUCUCCCCGUGUCACAAUGGCGCAGGAGGGAUUUCUUGUGGCGCCUGCGAGAUAUCAGUGUGAACCUGCGCUGCUCUCUGGAGGAGAAAUGCCUUAACCACUUUAUCAUAGGCAACAAGAGAUUGCCUCAGGAGAUUAGCUUGCCCCUGGACAUUGCAGCAGCUGAGCCACCCAAUCUCUUCCAUCAGCUGGCAUGGUUUCCAGCUGCCCACUCUCAGGCGAUGAGCGAGUACCAGGAUCUUCGGCGUCAGCUUGCAAGUGUGCUGCUCAAUGGCUGCUGAAAGAGGUGAUCAUGCGUACAGCUGUGCUUGUGGGCUUCACAGGCAGUAGCAGAAAACCACCUCACAUCCCCGAGGAAAAGAGAGGAGAAUGUGGGAUACAGAAAGAGAAGAUAAAAAGCUUCUGCGCAGCAGCACUCUGCCAUCAGCAGCAGCAACAGUGUUGUUCAUAGAACAAAAAAAUAAAAUUUAAACUUUUGGG